CAGAGCAUUAGUGUGUCAUCCGGUUGAGGAGUGGAAGUCCGAGCCUGGACGAGAACAAGCUUCCAGCUGCAAAUAGUGUAAUUUCAAUGCACAGACGCGGACGGCUGUGUUGGCUGCUUUGGAACGGAGCUUUAACUGAAUGAAACCGAGAAAGACUCAACUUUAAUAAGUUCUUUUACAGGCAGCCAUCAGUUCCGGCCUGUGCAGUGUGACAUCCUCCAGGCUGGGCCAUGAAUAAGCAACCAAGCAAGGAGAGCGUAAAGGACAAGUUGAAGGGGUUCUUGGGGCUGGGACCCCCACGUCCACCGAGCAAACAGAGCGAAACCAAACCGUCUGAGUUUAUCAUUACGACCGAUAUCAUCAAGGAGCUCCACCCGGACUGUGGUCUAAGCAACCGAGUUCGGAUGAUGAACCAUGUCUGUGAUCUUGCCAAAACUAAAAAGUUUGAGGAGCAUGCAGUGGAAGCAGUAUGGAAAGCUGUGGAGGACAUGCUGACUCCAGAGCAGCCACCAGAGGCCAGACAUGCUGUACUGCAGCUGCUCAGGGCCAUCAUACAAGGACAGGGGGAGCGGCUUGGCCCUCUGAGAGCCUACUUCUUCAAGAUAAUCAGAGACUACCAACCAUGCAACGAGGACCUGUCUGACAGGCUGGAGGUCUUCAAGGCCUUAACAGAAAAUGGCAAAGACAUCACUUAUCUGGAGGAGGAUAUAGCUUGCUUUGUCCUCUUAUGGAUGGACAUAGGUCUCACUUCAGACUUUCUCCAUGUUCUUGUCAAUCUUGUGAAGUUCAACAGCUGCUAUUUGGACCAGAAUGUCUCUGUCAUGGUCCAAAAAAUAUGUAUCCUGUGCAAUAGAACAACAUCUUCAACAGAUAUUGAGGUGGCACUACAAGUAUUGGAUGCAGUAGUGUGCUACAACUGCCUGCCCUCAGACUCUCUCACAGUCUUCAUUAUCACACUCUGUCGCACUGUAAAUGUCAAAGAGUUUUGUGAAUCCUGCUGGAAGUUGAUGCGGAAGGUCUUAGGGACUCAUCUAGGCCACAGUGCUAUUUACACCAUGUGUCGCAUAAUGGAGGAGAGGGUGUACAUGGAGGAUGCACCACUGUUGAGGGGUGCAGUGUUCUUUGUUGGAAUGGCACUGUGGGGGGCACACCGCCUCCCAGCCCUCAAAAACACACCCACACUGGUUCUGCCAUCCUUCUAUAAGGCCAUGUCAUGUGCCAAUGAGGUGGUGUCCUAUGAGAUUGUCCUCUCCAUCACCAGACUGAUCAAAAAGUAUGGGAAAGAGUUGCAGGUGGUCACUUGGGACAUCUUAUUGGGCAUCAUAGAGCGACUGUUGCAGCAGAUCCAGACAAUAGGCAGUGCAGAGCUGAAGGCCAUCGUCUAUGAACUACUGACCACAGUCGAGGAGCUGUAUGAGCAGAAUGGUUAUCAUGGUUCCACUGAGAAGUUCUUCAUUCUGGUGGAGAAAUGUGCUGACAAGAGACCUGAUGCGUCAGUGUUGACCCUCAUCUCGUAUAGGGCGCAGUCAAUCCAGCCUGCCAAGGACGACUGGAUUCAGAGCCUUCAUCGCCUUAUGGAGAAAUUUUUCAGAAACGAGACUCGCAGUGUGAUUAGGAUCAAAGUGCUCCAUAUCUUGUCCUUCGUUCUGAGUACCAACCGGCAGCUUUAUGAGGAUGAGUUGAUUGAGAUGGUGGUGAUCCCUCAGCUCAGUGGCAUAGCUGAAGAUCGUGACCUGGCUGUCAGAAAACAGGCCACCCAGCUUCUGGUGGACCUUGCUGAGGGCUGCAACACCCACCACUUCACCAGCCUGCUGGACAUUAUUGAGCGGGUGGCCAGUCGCUCUUUGGUGUGUUCAGGGCCCGUGGAGGUUUCUGAGAGAGACCCCACAGCAGAGUCUCCUAUGGAGGAUGUCAGAACUGCUAUACUGGGUCUGCUAGAAAUCUUGCAGAGCAAGCUUUACAGCCUUCCAGCCAGCCACGCAAGUCGUGUUUAUGAGCUCCUUAUCAGCCACCUGCAGCUUCACUACAAGAACAAGUACUGUUCUUCAAUCGCUUCCAGUAUUCGACUACAGGUGUUUGAUUUCUUUCUAAUAAUGCGAGCAGACUCUCUUCAUCGUCUUGGGGUUCCCAACAAAGACGGGGCCAUGAGAUUCAGCCCGUACUGCUACUGUGACACAGGUGAACCAGAAAAGCGCGUCAGUGAGAAGAAGCCAACAGGUUCAACUUCUCCCCCGGCAGGCAGCCCUGCUCCUCCUGCUGCUCCUCUAUCUCAAACAGCCUCCAUACGCUCAGCCUACCUGCCCUACGCUCCGGCCUUCAGUGUCUUAUUGCAGUGCCUCAAGAUGGAGACAGAUUGGAAGGUGCUGAAAUUGGUUCUUGAUAAGCUGCCAUGGACACUGCAGUACAAAGUGCUGCUGCUCACUUCACCCUGCAGCUUGGACCAGCUCUGUUCUAUGCUCUGCUGCAUGGUGACAGACCGCCUGAUCUCAGAGCGCUUAAAGAAGACUCCCGAAGGCUUUUCCCGAACCGAUGUCCAGCUGGCAGUCGUUCCCGUCCUCACUGCAAUUACUUCCUACCAUAACUAUCUGGAGCAGUCCAGACAGAGAGAGCUGGUUCAGUGUCUUGAAACCGGCCUCAUCUACCGCUGUGCCAAGCAAUGUGUGGUGGCUCUUACAAUGUGCACAGUGGAGAUGCCUGACAUCAUGAUCAAGCUCCUUCCUGCUCUUAUUGUCAAGCUCACCCACAUCUCUGCCACUGUUGCCAUGGCAUCGCCAAUGCUAGAGUUCCUCUCCACUCUUGUACGCCUGCCUCAUCUUUAUGCCAAUUUUGUAGCUGAGCAAUAUGUUAGUGUAUUUGCCAUUUCGCUGCCCUACACUAAUCCCUCCAAGUUCAACCAGUACAUAGUGUCUCUGGCACACCAUGUGAUUGCCAUGUGGUUCAUACGCUGCAGACUUCCCUUCCGCAAGGACUUUGUUCAGUACAUCACAAAGGGUUUGCGUUCCAAUGCACUGCUGCCAUUUGAUGAUGGUCAUGAACAAAGUUCAUUUCGUGCCAGAAGCACCAGCCUCAAUGAACGACCCAAAAGUCUGCGGGCGGCAAAAGUGGCGAAGGCAGCAGCAGCGGUAGCCAAUAGCAGCAGCUCUCCAGUUAAAGAGCUGAGGGACCUGUCAGCCAUGGACGCUUUCCGCUCCCGCAGCAUCAGUGUCUCCGAACACGCGGUCCGCAGGAUGCACACCUCCACUACUACCUGCAGUCUGGGUUCUGCUGAUGAAAAUGCAGUAACUCAGGCAGAUGAGGGGCUGAAGACUGUUCACCUAGAGCUCACCGAGACCUGUCUAGACAUGAUGGCCCGAUAUGUCUUCUCGAACUUCUCUGCACUACCCAAGAGGUCUCCCAUCGCAGAGUUCCUGCUGGCUGGGGGUCGCAGUAUGACCUGGCUGGUGGGAAACAAGCUGGUUACCAUAACAACCAGUGGAGGGGUCAGAACGCAAGCACUGCUAGGCCUAGACAUGGCCGACCGGCUGGGAGGAGGAGGGGAAAUGACCAGGUCGGAUCCAUCACUGCACACACGGAUAACCAAAGAAGCUCCAGCCAAACUGGAGUCACAGUCGAACCAACAGCAAAACAGAGCAACACGGAUACGGGUUCGCUCCAUGUCAGGUGGACAUGCUCUUCGCGCAGGCCCCGCCCAGAGUCUCAGCCCGUUAGUGUCCCCCUCUGAGGGUGAGUUGGCUGCCCCCCUCUCCCCCUCCUCUGGCACCACCUGGACCGGCCUGGGUCCUUCCUCCUCCAUUUCUGCCACAGCAUCAGCUCCUCCCCUCAAAGACAAUCCCAGCCUGGCUGAAUUCGUCCCCAUGCUGACACAAGGCUGGGCUGAGAUCUUCAUUCGAAGACCGUCUGGUAACACAAGCUGGCUCAUGUGUCUGGAGAACCCACCCAGCCCCUUCUCCUCUGAGCUUGGCAACAUGCCCCUGCAGGAGCUGUCCAGUGUCCUCAUGGCGAUGGAGGGAGUGAAGGAGCCUCCUGCUCAGACCGCCAGCGCUCCAGCAAGCACCGCAGCUCCUGCACCGACUUCAAUGUCUGAGCCCCAACCACCACUACACAGCACUGUUGGAGGGAAACCCAACCUCAUCCAGCGUUCCAACACGGUGGGCGGCUCUCUCUGGUCUCUGGGUCUGGGCUCUGGCCCCCCAGGCCCCCCAGCCCCUGGCAGAUUGCACAGGAGCAUUUCCUGGGCAGACUCUGUGGUGGUGCUGGAGGAGUCCUCUGGAGGCCCUGCAGUGCACACACCAUCUGAUUGGCUGGAGAGUGAAGAGUUUGAGCCGAUGCCGUCUGAUCCCAUCUUCAUGUCAACUGACACGUUCACAAAGACCCUCCCCACUGGGUCGCUCAGCAGGUCCUCCUCCACCUCCAGUCAGGAUGAUGAAAAGUCAACUCUGGAGGAAGUGAGCGAGGGAGCCAUUCCGAUCGACCAGCCCACUGUGGGACCGUCCACCCCAGGCAGUCAGGGGCCCGAGCUGCCCUUCCAGACCCACACUCAGGGUCAUGGACUCAACAAGUCCAGCUCAUCUCCAGAGCUGCAGACAUUACCUGAAGCCUUCUCCAAGGCAGUGAUGGAGUCUGAGACUGCUGACACGUCCCGACCCAGAGCACCUUCAGAGGCCAAGCCUCAACCCCAGCAGCCUCAUCUGGAGAAAGACAAGAUGGACGGAAACACAGGAGCGGACUUCAAUGGGCUCGGGGGUCAAAGUCAAGUAGGUGAAGGCCCAGGUGUGGUUUCAGCACAAAGUGGAGGAGCAAGGAUGAGACUGGAGUUCCCAACAGCGGCAGCGCAACCUGGACCCAUCUCCCCCGGUGGAGGCCACCGACCCCGGGGUCACACCAUCUCUGUAUCUGCCCCCUCCUCCAGGAGGGAGAGGAGGACAGAGAGGGAUUCGUACCACAGUCGGCCGGGACCUAGCAACACUGAAAAGAUCUCUGGACUGAGCCCCAGCUUUGUUUUCCUCCAGCUGUACCACUCUCCUUUCUUUGGGAAUGAAGCCAACAAACCCCUGCUGUUGCCCAAGACUCAGGUGAUCGACCGUGCUGUGAAGGUGCUGGACCAGAUGCCUCCUUAUGACACUCAUAAGAUUGGAGUGGUGUUUGUAGGAGCUGGGCAGAUUAACAACGAGGUCGCCAUCCUCUCCAACGAGUACGGCUCAAACCGCUACGCUGCAUUUCUGACAGGUCUGGGAAAACUAAUCCAUCUGAAGGACUGCGACCCCGACCAGAUCUUUUUAGGAGGCCUUGAUCAGUACGGCGAUGACGGGGAAUUUACAUACUGUUGGCACGACGACAUUAUGCAGGCCAUUUUCCACAUCGCUACACUGAUGCCAAACCGAGAGAGCGACAAAGGCUGCUGCAACAAAAAGCGACACAUCGGCAAUGAUUUUGUUAUGGUGGUGUAUAAUGACUCUGGAGAGGAGUAUAAACUGGGCACCAUAAAGGGUCAGUUUAACUUUGUUGAAGUCAUUAUAAAGCCGCUGGACUUUGAGUGUAACCUCGUCACCCUUCAGUGCCGCAGGGAUUUGGAAGGCCUAGUGGACACUACGGUGGCCAAGAUUGUAUCAGAUCGGAACCUGCCACUGUUGGUCCGACAGAUGGCUUUGCAUGCGAAUAUGGCCUCACUGGUCCACCAGUACAGAGCUAACCCAUCAGACGCCUACGCCUCCAAGUGGUUGGCCCGGUUACGGCACAUCAAGAGGAUCCGGACCAGGGCACAGGAAGACAUUCAGUCUCGUUCAACUCCAGGGAUCUCGCUGACGCAGGGACACACUCAGCAGAACAAAUCCUUUCAGCAGAGUACGCCGACACCAAACCCAGAGGCCUCCGGGCAGAGGAAAAGACUUGUUUCAACAGUGGAUGAUUUCACUGAUUUUGUUUAGUUACAUUUCUUUUCCUGGCGCACAGACACGCACACACCUGCUUUAGAGCUGAAGGGAUUCUUACUUUCACCUCUGUUCUGGAAGAUUCAGGACGAUGCGCACACACUAAUUUUGAUAUGAAUCAGCAAAGACUUUGAUGACAAAUGACUUUUAUUGAUAUGGAAGAUUUAAAUCACUGAAAUAAAAGCUAAUCAGAACAACAGUAGACGUUGUUAUAGUACGAUAUGUGCUGUUUUGUAACGUAUGCAUUCACGGAGUCAAAAUUAAGUCAAUGAACUCCACAUAAAAGGACAGUUAUUUACUUUUUGUCUUUAGUAUGCGAUUGUUUUUCAUUGUGACCUAAAUUUUCCAUCACAUUAAAAUCAAUUCUCAACAACAAAGACAACAGAGUAAGAAGGUGUUUGACCUAAUUUUUGGUCUUUAUUGAGGUAUUUUAAAUCUUCCAUCCAUGCUAUCAGAAAGGCUUAUUUUGUGAUGAAGUAUUGAUAUGUGUGAAAAAUUUCUGCAUAUUUUUCAACAUUUUUGACAUGCUAACGCUUUGCACUUUUUAGGUCUAAUCAAAAUGUCUCAGAUGUGCAACGCGAGGAGUUGAGUUGUAUAGUACACUACAUUUGAGAGCGGGGUGUGUUUGUGUGUAAAUACGUGUGUGGAAUAAAAAGUGAACAUUAAAAAAAAAAA